CGACUGGCGUGAUAAACUGUCGGCUGGUUUCGGCACGGGAGAGGAUUUAAUGCGGGCCGGUGUCGUACCUUUGCGCAUGCGCGCGCGACAUGGUUACCUUGCCGCCAUGUUUGAAUUAACCACUCGGCACCUUGGCACUUUGGAUUUAUAUUGAACUGUACGAAUUUGUCCGUUAUACGUAGUUGGGUAACCUGCAAUUUGACGAUCAGUAAGUGUUUACAAAGGUGGUAGAGUCUACUAAACUAAAAGAUUAACAAGACAUUUUUAUUGUGCUGUCCCCUUUGAUUCCUGCUUAAUCAAUGUGCUUUAUUCGUGAUUGAUUACACGAUUUUGAAGGUCACAUGUGCUCGAUGUGAUCGACAAAAUAUUACAAGAUUUUCGAUAAAACCGAGAGAGUUGGCACAGGAGAAGGCGGAACUGCCUGCGAAAUUGAGCACAUAUUUUAUCCUUGUAAUCAACACGGCUUUUCAGGAUGAACGACAUGUCUUAUGACAAGUACUUUGAAGUACAAAACGAUGGAUGCUACUGCUUACAUUUUCCAAACAAAUUCGGUUUAUCGGUGGAUGAAAUCAAGGAGAUAUUUUCGGAAUUUGGUACCGUUCAACGAGUAAACUGUGCAGGUGAUGAUUUUGGGUUCCGAUUUGUGAGGUAUGCUACCAGAGAAGAAGCAGUCCGAUGCUUGGAUGGACUAAGAGGUCAUUCUAAAGUGAAACUGUUACCAUGUAUCGACAAGUCAAAAAAAGGUGGUAGACAGGGUCACAAAGGUUCGCCGUCGUUAAAGUCCGAUACAGGAACUGACUAUAGUAAUCAAAGCGACAGCGACAGUCAGAAGAAUGGCACAUCAAAAAAGAACCGGGGAUUUCAGCAGGAUGAACAUGGCAGUCAAUCGCGUAAUCCUUUUCACCGAAAUGGUGGUAGUAGACAUGCAUAUAAUAAACUUAGACAUAACGAUGAAGAUUUUGAUGAGAUGAACUCGAAAGACUCAAGCUCGGCACCGAUGUCUUGGAAUCCUUCACUUUAUGAAAAAAAAGAAAAUAUACCAAAGGAGCCUGUGGAAACAAGUUUGGUACAACUUAUGAAGCUACAUAAUCUACGAGGCACAAACGCAAACACGUUCAAGCGUCCAGGUUUCUCUAAUGAUGCUGUAGAUGAUUCAAAGACGAUGCAAGAAUGCAAUAAUGUUCAACCUGACAUCAAUGCUGGUAAUUUUCCACCACCACUUAUCAGUAUAGAUAAACCGUCGUCGUUGGAACGUAUAUUCAAUCAAAGAACUUCCACACCUAAUACGAAUGUAGUGGGAAAACAAAUUAAGAUUAUUCCUAGUGGUGAAGUAAUUGUGGCUAAUAUUCCCCCUAACUUAAGUGUUCAUUAUAUCAUGCAUAUUUUGGAGAUGUAUGAACCUAUAUGUAUAUCGGCAGUGAUGACUGUUCCACACCUGUCUCUACGCUAUUGUCAUGUCUAUUUCAAAUUAACUCAAGUUGCUCAACAAGUGCAGAAGAUUUUUGACAACCAUGAGAUAUCCGGGCACAAACUAAUUGUUUUAACACCGGAGUCCUUGGAAACGGAAGCUUAUUUGCCGUAAAACCUAACCGUCUAAUAUGAUCAAAAUGUAGGAUGCCAAACGUAAACUAAAUGUUCCAUGUCUUGUCUACGUGGACUAGUCUUUUGUCUUAUAAUGGUCCAUUACAUACCGGGCAAUUUAGGUGACAUGUGUGUCUACUUAAAAAAUCAUGGGCAAAGGAAUUACAUUGUCCUUUCUUAUUCCUGCCACAUUCAAGUUUACAGCUAUCUAAUAUAAUGCAACUAUCAGUAAGACACUGUCUCGUAUUAUGCAUUUUGAUGUUAAAGAUUCACUUUUUGUAACGACUUUCAUGUGCACAGUGUUUCUGUAUCCUAUUUCUCAAUUUUUAAUAAUAAUUCAACUCAUAACUUUUCUAAAUCAUUAAUUCAAUUAGUACUUUAUACAACUAUUGUACAAAUGUACCAUUAUGUACCAUUUUUACAAAAUGCGAUCAUACAAAAGUGAAUAUUUCAUAUGCUUUAACUUCGCUAACUAAAAUAUAUAGUAUAGGUUUUAUACAGAGUAUAAUUUUUUAAGAUAUUACAAUUAAAGGGGUGAAUAUAUUAAUGAGUAUAUACUAUAAAUACCAUGAUUCAUGGUACCCUCUCAAAUUCAAUUUCACUUCCAGUUAUUCGCAAUUUUGUGUAGUUCUCAGAUCUUCCAUUAGAAGAUCCAACAGGAUGACAAAAAUGUAAAUAAUUGCAAGUAAACAUACCUGAACUGUAUUAUUUAUAGUAUAUGUAAACAACCAUAGCAUACUUCAUUCCAAAAAGUUUAAACGAACCCCAUUUUGCAGUUCUAAGCCAUUUUCUAGAGAAAAGAAAUAAUCAUUUAUAAAUUGUCCGUUCGUUCUAUUAAUACUCAAGAAAUUAAAAUGCAUGUCAGAUUGUAACAAAGACAAUUGUGACACUCUGUUAUCGAAAAGCUAUAAAUUACAAGGUUGCUAUUGUCGAAGCGUAACUAUUACACUUAUAUUGUUAAUCGCUCCUGUACCUUGAAACAAUGUAAAUACAAUUAAAACAUCGGUUUCAAAAUAAGUGUUAAAUGCCAUGGAGUGUAUCGGGUGUGCAGCUAUUACUGUUUACAACGUACAACAUAAAAAAUGAGUAAAAAGAAAGUCGCUAAAUUAUAUAUAUUGCUGUGAACGAUCGAAACACUUUCGUAAUAUUAUACAUUUUAACACUAGUGAUUGUUGACAAUCGCUAAUGUCACACAAAAUAAACGUACAAUCCUUUAUAAGGAUACCUUCACCUCGUUUCAAAUUUGAGGGGAAAGGAUCAUUUUCAUUUCGUCGCCUUAAAAUGCCAGUGUAUUAAUGAAAAAAGUGUCAUCGUGGUCGUGUAAAUAUAAUGUUGCAGAUUGUAUGUUCAAAUUCGAGAAAGCAUAUCAGUACAUGGAGUGGCGAUAGUCUUCAUGCUUUAUUUUUAUAUAUAUAAAAAAAGUGCUAAUAUUAUUUGAUCAACUGUUAUUUAUUUAGUGGCAACGAACUUGACAAAGAUACAAUGCAUGCAGUGCACACAGUUUAACAUGACCUAUUGCUGUUGACGUUAUUGUGCAUGUAAACUGGAUAACUUAGUAUUCAAAAGUUAGUACCUAAUACCUAAAAUAACGUAAUAAAAUAUAUGAAUACUAGAAUAGGAAAUUAUAAUAAUGAAUGGAAUCUGCAAACGUGUACCUAAACGAUGUCGACACCUUGGAGGUUAUAGAAAAAUGUGAAUGUAUUUGCUUCGGGGGAAAGAAAGACUCACUCUUGUAUAUCAUAGCAUAACAACAUCGGAAAAAUAUAAUUGUGGCUUACAUCCAUAAA